AUGCCUAAGGCGUAUUUCGACCGUGAUCCUAUAACCCUACAAGAGGGAAGCCACGUCGGUGCUCGGAUCGGUGGCAAAAUGAUUGAGCCCGAUGGAAUGGAAGUUGUUACUGGAGAAGUUGACCAGGUCACUAUUUACAGAUCUGCAAAUUCCACUGUUGAGCUCAAGUGUACGCGCGAUGUUCAUUUUAUGCCUGGGGAACAAGUUAUAUUACAGCAGCUGGACCCUGUUAGUUACGCUGCUAUAGGCAUGAAGAGUGGAAAGGAAGUCGAGUUUAAGGAGUAA